AUGUCGAUGCAAAGAAAUGACAACCUUGCCUCGAGCGAAUAUCAGCAGGCGAAAGAAGCUAGAAAGAAUUUCCAACCUGUAAGCGUGGGCACUGUCUGCGUAUUUCCCCAGUUCGCGUUGGAAUCCAACCGAAAAUGUGCUGUGAGAUGGCAACAAGAAUACGAAGAGCGUGUUGACGAUUUUCUGUUGGUUCUCUUCGAAUAUGCUGGAAAAGGUAUUAGGCGGCUAGGAAAGGUCAACUACCCGGGCAUCCUAGCUGACAGCUCACCCGCAGACCCGUUGAAGGCGUCCUGCUUUGGUCGCCUCUUCAUAUCCAACAAGUGUCUCAAAUCUUUUGAGGCCAAAACCUCUAAGAUUGACAACUUAAACAGCGACAACGAGUGGCGCGCCUUCACUGUGGAUAAUGACUUCCAGUACGGACAGGCUGACUCCAAAGGCACGCAUCGCUUUCUGGUCUUGCAUGACAAAGAGCAGAAACCAUACCAGCACCGUUUCGUGAACUCGAGAUGGGUGAAGGCGGGCACGCUGUCUCUUGGACUGCUGGACAAGGCGGGUUUUGGAUCGCCUGAGGGGCUCGACCUCGCAUCCGAACAAAGCCGCAACUACUUUGGCGAUUACCUUCACAACUUUGACGGACAGGAAGUGAAAGGAUCGGUGGAUAUGACUGGCGUGAUGGAUGGUGUCAUGUCUGGCUUCGACGAUUUCAUAGACGAAUUUGACCUUUGA